UCUGAGAUGAGUAUACGCACUGAGUGGGGAAGGGGUAGGCUAUAUUUUCAAUGAGGAAAACAGUGUCUGUCAAACGUCACAUGGGGCUGGGACCGAUUGCUUCCUGAAAUGCUGUUCAUCGUUGUAUUUUUUUCCCCACUACGGUACUAGUAUUAGGCUUUUCAUUCAUUUCUGUAUCGGUUUAUUAUUUCUUCCGCAAUGAUAAGCAAAGUAAAAAAUGCGAUGUCCACGCUGGUGGGUGGAAUGAUGCCCCACGGUCACAACCAGCACCACGGAUCCGGGAACGUUCACCACCAGAACUGUCACCAGGACGGUCUGCCUCCACGGUUCCCCUACGGUCGACCUGAGUUUCUGGAUCUUACACCAGAGCUUCUUCAAUACUCGACAGAACAUGCUUCUCGACCGGUGCUGACGUUGAAGAGGGACAGCAGGCUUCCCUGGCGGACGGGAUACGCAGAGACCAUCAAUGCUGGGAAGAGCAUGCUGAAUGAGGACCAGGCGUCCUGUGAGCUGCUCUACGUGAAGAAGCUGAGCAACAAAAAACAGCGUAACUCCACACUGCUGGACGACAAUGGGGACGGCACAGGGAUCCCAUUGCAUUACUGGGGCGUGUUCGACGGUCAUGCAGGCUCAGGGUGUGCCAUCAUGGCAUCUAAACUCCUCCAUCGCCUCAUCAGAGACAGACUGGGGGACGUCGCCCACCUGCUGGAGAACCCCUCUGUGACGCCCCCUAUCUGCCUGGCCAAGAACGGCAGCCCCUACCAGCUGGAGGUGAAGAAGGGAGCAAAUUCCACCCAGGACCCAGAGGACCCUAAUGCCAUCACUGACCCCUCCAUCCGCUUCCACACGGAGAAAACUGUCAGUCUGGAGAGUCUGAUCAUGGGCAUCAUAGAAAACGCCUUCAAACAGAUGGAUGAACUGAUAGAGAAGGAGAAGACGUCCUUUACCAUCUCUGGUGGGUGUUGUGCCUUGGCUGCCAUCCAUUUAAUGGGGAAGCUCUAUGUUGCCAAUGCUGGAGACAGCAGAGCCAUCAUCAUCCGUAACAAUGAGGUCAUCCCCAUGUCCAACGAGUUCACACCCGAGUCUGAGAGGCAGCGCCUGCAGUAUCUGGGAUUCCUGAGACCGGAGCUGCUGGGGAAUGAGUUCACACACUUGGAGUUCCCUCGCAGGAUCCAGCACAAGGAGCUGGACAAGAAGAUGCUCUUCAGGGACCACACAAUGAACGGCUGGGCUUACAAGACCAUCAUAGAAGACGACCUCAAGUUCCCGCUUAUAUAUGGAGAGGGUAAAAAGGCCCGUGUCAUGGCCACCAUUGGGGUAACACGUGGCCUAGGGGAUCAUGACCUGAAGGUGUACAACUCCAACAUCUACAUCAAACCCUUUCUCUCCUGCUGCCCAGAGGUGAUAGUGUACGACAUGUCUGAGUUCAAGCAUGGCCCGAAUGACGUGCUGGUGAUGGGUACAGAUGGGCUGUGGGAUGUGACCACAGACAGGGAGGUAGCAGACGCAGUCUCAGGCUUCCUGUCCUGCUGCGAGCCCACUGAUCCUGUGAGAUACACACUGGCCGCUCAGGACCUGUUGAUGCGGUCGCGAGGGGUCCUGAAGGAGAGGGGCUGGCGGUUACCCAAUGAGAGGCUGGGUUCAGGAGACGACAUCACUUGUUAUGUGAUCCCCUUGGCGGGACCGGUAGGGCCCGAGACAGAGACAUGACAGGCCUUGUCCCACCACCCUACCAGGAGAGGACGAACUCCCUAGGACCGACCAGGGUCAAUCCUUCCCCCUUACCCUCUCUACCCUGGGGGAAGGGUGAAGAAAACACCUCCCUUUUAUAGGGAAGCCUCAGGUUGGAGAGCUGGCUGCUGACACCUGUCAACCGGCCCAUCUUCCUGGCUUCUGGAACAACCCACUGGGCUCUAAUUAUUGUUUUUGUUUGGUACUCGUGUAACAGGUGUUCAAUGACAUUACCUGACCGCCCGAAAACAUGUCCAUUUCUGAAACCUGCUAUUUUUUGAUCGCUACUUAACGAGAACCCUCCCCCUGUAGUUUCAUGUUUUAAUCUCUCUAAUUAAUUGGCUGAUAUUUGCAGCAGGAUUGGUUUGGCCAUAUUCUGAUAGAAGUGCUUGGUUAGUCUUUUCUAAAUACUUCCUUAUUACCUUAUGACCCCCACAUGUGAUUUAUAGAAUGCUAAAUUCCUAAAAUAAUCUAAUUUAUUGCUUGUGUAGAGUACAGUAUGACAGGUGGAGGUAGAUGGCCCGGCAUAUUGUCUAAAAUCAAUUAGUAUGACUGAUAGCAAUUGAGGGACUAGCAUCACAUAGGAGUGACGCCACUGCUCAGAAGGCAGUGGAGCUCUGUGACAAAAUAACUACAGUCGUGGCCAAAAGUUUUGAGAAUGACACAAAUAUUAAUUUUCACAAAGUCUGCUGCCUCAGUUUGUAUGAUGGCAAUUUUCAUAUACUCCAGAACGUUAUGAAGAGUGAUCAGAUGAAUUGCAAAGUCCCUCUUUGCCAUGCAAAUGAACUGAAUCUCCAGAAAAUAUUUCCACUGUAUUUCAGCCCUGCCACAAAAGGACCAGCUGACAUCAUGUCAGUGAUUCUCUCGUUAACACAGGUGUGAGUGUUGACGACAAGGCUGGAGAUCACUCUGUCAUGCUGAUUGAGUUCGA